UUUGGAUUUCGUCCGAAUUUAAAAUUAAAAAGAAUGGUUGUUUUUUCUUACAAGGAUUUUUAAAAGAAUCAUUAUAUAUAUAUAUACGGAAGGGUAUCGAGAUUUUGUGGAAAAACAAAUAUUUGUGUUAUUUGUGUUAGUUAAAUGAUCAUCAAUAUUUUGCAAAAACUUCACAUGAUACUGCGGAAGAAUCACGCCUAUAAAUUAACGCAUUUCCCGAUUUUCUUCACAUUUUUCACAUAUCAUGUCAGUCGCACAAGAUCAUUUUGCAGCAAAAUGGGUUGGAGCCUCUGGUGGAGAAAUUCCACCAAAUUCAUUCUUGGAAGGAGAUUAUGCAAUUGGUAGAGGACAUUUUAAAGAUGGUUUACAUAUAGGUUAUGUUGAUAAAGGUCGUGAAGGACUCGUUAUUGGAUGGGGCGGAAAAGAGGAAUUUCUUCUUCAGGAACUUGUCGACCACAAUCAAACUUUAUUCCUUUGAAAGGAGGACAUGAAGCU